AGAUCGGAUACGGAAUAAUUUUUCCCCAAAAGAUAACCGCCAGUGUUAUCCAAAAAACGCAGCGAGGGAGACGAUGACCGCUGUUCUCCCGCGGCUCGCCACACUCGUGUCCUCUGCUUACCCUACUCGUCCCGCCGUUCACUUUCCUCCUUCAUGCAUCCCCGCCGUCUUGAACCUACGCCGCUUUUCCCGCUUCUCGGCCUCCCAGAUUCAGUGCUCUGCUGGACGGACCGGCUUCUUCACGAGGCUUGGCCGCCUUAUAAAGGAAAAGGCCAAGAGUGACGUGGAGAAGAUGUUCUCUGGCUUCUCGAAAACUCGAGAGAACCUCGCCGUCAUUGAUGAGCUACUCCUGUACUGGAAUCUUGCCGACACUGAUCGCGUCCUCGAUGAGCUUGAAGAGGCAUUGCUGGUAUCAGAUUUUGGGCCUAAGAUUUCCAUGAAGAUUGUCGAUAGCCUCAAGAAUGAUAUCCGUGCCGGAAAACUUAAGUCGGGAAAUGAAAUAAAGGAAGCGUUGAAGCGGAGUGUUCUUGAUCUUUUAACUGGAAAAGGUGGCAAGACAGAACUCCAGCUAGGGUUUAGGAAGCCCGCUGUAAUUAUGGUAGUUGGAGUCAAUGGAGGGGGAAAAACUACCUCUCUAGGAAAGCUUGCUUGGAGACUGCAGAAUGAGGGCGUAAAGGUAUUGAUGGCUGCUGGUGAUACCUUUAGAGCAGCUGCUAGUGAGCAGCUGGAAGUAUGGGCUGAGAGAACUGGAUCAGAGAUAGUCAUGGCUGAGGGUGACAAGGCUAAAGCCCCAUUAGUUCUUUCACAGGCUGUCAAGAAGGGUAAGGAGCAAGGUUAUGGCGUUGUUCUAUGUGAUACAUCUGGACGUCUGCACACUAAUUACAGCCUGAUGGAAGAGUUGGUCUCAUGCAAGAAAGCUGUAGCUAAAGUCAUCCCUGGUGCUCCUAAUGAGAUCUUACUCGUUCUCGAUGGGACAAGUGGUUUGAAUGUGCUACCGCAAGCUAGAGAAUUUAAUGAAGUUGUUGGCGUUACUGGCUUAAUCCUGACGAAGCUUGAUGGUUCUGCUCGCGGAGGUUGUGUGGUCAGCGUAGUUGAUGAACUAGGAAUCCCUGUCAAAUUUAUUGGGGUUGGGGAAGGUGUUGAUGAUCUUCAACCAUUCGAUGCAGAGGCAUUUGUUAACGCCAUCUUCUCUGGAGCGAGAUAAACCAGAAUGUCAGAUUGACAUAUUUGUUAAUGCCAUUUUAUUUACUUUU